CAAAACGUGAAAAAUUCAUCGGUCUGAAACAUGAGUGCAGGGCAGGGCUCCAUUUGCGAACGAACUUGUUCGGCGAAGCUCGUCCAAACGAUUACUCAAUGAGUUUGCUAACCUGCUAUAAAUAAACCCUUCUUCAAUCUCCUCCAAAAUCCCCGCGUACCUUCCCCUCAAUCUCCUCCUAAAAUGCCAUUCGCCAAUUCCUCUUCCACCUUCCUCCUCUUCCUCUGCCUCCUGAUCUCAACUCUCCCCUUCCAUUCCCUCUCCCAAUUCUCCUUCCCCAACCCCCGGCUCGAGAAAGCCUACAUAGCCCUCCAGGCCUGGAAGCACGCCAUCACCUCCGACCCCAAGAACCUCACCGGCAACUGGUGUGGACCUCACGUUUGCAAUUACACCGGCAUCUUCUGCGCCCCCGCCCCCGACGACCCUUCCAUCACCACCGUCGCCGGAAUCGACCUCAACCACGGCAGCAUCUCCGGCACCCUCCCGGACCACCUCUCCCUCCUCUCCGACCUUGCCCUCUUUCACCUCAACUCCAAUCGCUUCUCCGGCAUGCUUCCCUCCUCCCUCUGCGACCUCCGCCGACUCUUCGAGCUCGAUGUCAGCAACAAUCACCUCUCGGGUCCUUUCCCUGAUUUCGUUCUCCGUCUUCCCGAGCUCCGAUUUCUUGAUCUUCGAUUCAAUGCGUUUCUCGGCGACGUUCCGGCGGAGGUUCUUAAUGGGGGUGGUUCAGCCGCCAAACUAGAUGCUUUUUUCAUCAAUGAUAAUAAUUUCAAAUUUUCCCUUCCCGCCAAUUUGGGGAAUUCAAAGGCGUCGGUGAUCGUGCUUGCUAAUAACAGGAUUGAAGGGACUUUGCCGGCGAGCAUUGGCGGGAUGGGGAAGACGCUGAACCAGCUGGUGAUACUGAACACGGGGCUCGCAGGCUGCAUUCCGCCGGAGAUCGGAAAUCUGAAGAGGCUGACGGUGUUUGACGUCAGCUUCAACGCGCUGGUCGGACCAUUGCCGGCGAGCAUGGGGGAGAUGAAGAAGCUUGAGCAGCUCGAUGUGGCCCACAACUUUCUCUCUGGAGAGAUACCCGAAGGAAUAUGCGAGCUGCCCAGGCUCAAGAACUUCACUUACUCCUAUAAUUACUUCUGCGGGGAACCGCAGAGGUGUUUGAAGGUGCGGCGGCAGGAUGACCGCAGAAAUUGUAUUCCGUGGAGGCCGCAGCAGAGGUCGCCGGCGGAGUGCGCGGCGUUUCUGUCCCGGCCAGUGCAUUGCGAUGCUUAUCAUUAUUAAUGUUUUGACCGUUGAUUUGCACUUAUCAAUGGAUUGUAAAUUCGAUUUUUAUAUUGUUGUAUGUAUGCUGUAUUUCUGCGGUAAUAUUCAUUUGGU